AUGGCGUACAUGCACAUAUGUUUGCUAUAUGGAUCUCAGUCAGCGUUGGCAUUGGUAGACCGUGGUUGCGGACACGUAAACCUUGCUGACACAAUCAUGUCAGAGUUCAGCUUUGACCCUACGAAGGUGGCAGUGUCACUGAAGUAUGUCCUGAAUGACAAUUUGCCUCCAGUCAGGAUAAAAAAUGACGGUAACGUCCUCUCGUACAUUCUGCUGAAGGAAGGCGAUCGUGAACCUGCUAAAUACCCAUUAGUCAUCGAUGUUACCGAUGCAGCAAUAGAGAAGCCAUCUAACACGGCUCCAUAUACUGCUUACCAUAGCAGCGAGCUUCAUACAUUGCAGGAUAUGGCAGCUGAAAUAUGCAAAGCAUCGGGUGAACAUGUAGGUCACAUUUACGAAAACGAGGUCACAGUUGUUUCAGUAGCAGAAGCUGGGGAGGUCGAAGAAGGAAGGGUUUUCCGUGAUAAGGAGAUUUUAAAAUUAAGCAUAUCCUUGUUUGCCAUAAGGAAUAUGUUUGAGUUCAUGGUUGAGCUGUCAGACAAGAAAGAAUAUGUUGUGAGGUGUUCACAGGAAGGAUGUAGUUGGAUAUGCAGAUCAUCGAAAUGGGACAAAACGGAUCUAUUUAAGAUUCGAAAGAUUGGUAGUCACACAUGUGCAUCAAAUGUAGUGUUGGGGUCACAUAGACAAGUCACAACUGCAGUUGUUUCAUCUAGAAUCAAGUAUAAGUACAUAUCGUCCAGCACCAUAUACACACCAAAGGAUAUAUGCAAUGAAAUGUUGCAUACUUUUAGAGUUUAUUUGAACUACACGAAAGCUUGGAGAUGCUGUGAACAAACCUUGAAGAUGAUUAGGGGUGAUCCAACUGAAUCAUUCAGUAGGAUACCAAGUUUCUUCUACAUGCUCCAACAAAAGAAUCCAGGUACGGUCACAUAUCUAGAGAUUGAUAGUCACAACAGGUUCAAGUAUUGUUUUAUGGCACUCGGUGCUUCAAUACGUGGGUGGCCACAUUGUAGGCCUGUAAUUGUAGACGGUACAUACUUAACUGGUCAUUAUGGGGGCACACUCUUCAUAGCAUGUAUACAGGAUGCAAACAAUAGCAUAUUUGUUCUUGCUUUUGGUGUUGGGGAUAAUGAGAACGAUAACUCUUGGAGAUGGUUUUUGGAAAAACUGAAAGAGGCUUAUGGAUAUAGAGAAGGACUAUGUUUUGUAUCAGACCGUUAUGGCAGUAUAAAGAAAGCAAUAGAACAUGUGUAUUUAGGAGCCUGUCAUGGUAUUUGCUCGUAUCAUUUGCUACAGAACCUGAAACAUUAUUAUGGAAAAUCAGGAGAAAAUAUUACACAAGCUUUCAACUCGGCUGUCCGCGCUUACACAUUGGAGGAAUUUGAAUACAACAUGCAUCGACUACACACAAUGAAUGAGAAUAUUACUAGAUACCUGGUUGAAGUCGGCCCUGAAAAGUGGUCGAGAAUUCAUAUGCCAGUGAACAGAUUUUCCACAAUGACAUCAAAUAUUGUAGAAUCAGUUAAUGCAGUCACAAAGGCAGCUAAGAAUUACCCCAUUAUGUCGUUGCUAGAGUCUUUACGAUAA